UAAUAGGACCCUCCCUGUAUUGUCACUGACAGUGUGGGCAAAGCACGAGGGGGAAACUGAGGCGCCUGGCUGGGCAUUUUGAGGCUCUCCCAGCAUGUCACAAGGCCUUUUGUCCCAAAUCUGCUAAGAACAUCAUGGCGACACUGCCCAACUACAGGAAACCAUCCAAGCAGAGAACAUCCCAGCUGGCAUGGCUUCUCGCAGCUCAUCUCGCAAGUUCCUACUUUGUGUUCGUACAAGCUCAGAAGAAGAUCGAUUUCACCAUUCUCGUAACACCACGGUACCCUUUUGAAGGGCACAACGUCAGCCUCAUCCCGCAAGCGCCCCCAAACGGAACCAUCUCCUGCUUAUGGACCAAAGGCGAAAAUAAAACUGAGAUCCUGAUGUAUUAUCCGUCGAACCACACCUUUGAGCCACUGUUUGGCUUUCAUUCUGGGCACCUGCCGCUGGAAGAUUGCAUCCUGUUCAUCUCAAAUCUUUCGUAUUUAGACAUGGGCAUGUAUGGAAUUAUCCAAACCCUCCCUAAAAAAACGUUAUACGGGGAAGGGUUCUUAAUGAUCACGAGAGAAUCAAUUCCAAGAAAGAAGAACGCACUGGGCGCAGGAAUUAUUGCUGGAAUUUCCGCUGGGUGCCUCAUCGGCGUCUUGCUGGUUAUAGGCUUAGUGACCUAUCAGACUAGAGGAUUUUCCUUAAGGAGUGCAACAACUGCAGAACCAGCAGGCAGUUCCCCAACCCAAGAGGCAUCGACAAAUAAGGAGACAAACCAACCAGGAGCCAACAAGCAGACUCAGGAAGCUGAAGGAAAUAAAAUGUGAUGGGUCAGUUCUUCGGCAUCAUUGGUAAAAACAUCGAAAAGGUCCGAAUGCAACCUGCACCAUGGAAUUUGCAGCUAUCCAUCCAAGAAAAGAGGAAUUCCAUCCAUUGGGGAAGCCAAGGCUAUCUAAAACACCAGCCUUUUUACCCUCCAAAAUCCCAGGGGCAGCAAAAUGGCUUCCUGUGUCAUGAUGGAAUAAAGUCCUGACUGUACAACAA